UGAUUUCCUGACGCUCAAUGGCACUUUGGUCGCUAGUAACGUUGGGCUUUUGUAUGGGCGAGAGUGCGACAUAGUGUGAGCGCUCUCAUCCUUGUGCAGAGUAGGCAGACAUGCAAUCGCGCACUCAUGCAGGAACUGGGUUGACGAUGGAGCGGCUGCAAAGCUGACAAACGUUCAACAGCGGCCUCAGCGUCUAUGCAACGAUGCCCUCUUCUCCACCCGUCCCUUCGAUCUGCAUCGCAACUCUUUCAUUUGCAACGAUUACCACUGUCGCAGCCGCCGAAAGUGGCUUCGUCCUUGUCGAGCCGGGCCAGAAGCUGCCAUAUCCUCUCUUUGGCAUCUUCCCGCUAUCCCUUGAUCUCCAGACUCAGGCCAUAAUUGGUGCCACUCUGCUUGUGGUUAUAUUCAGCGCUGGUUUCUUCAUUUUUUGCGAAGACAGUGAGUCGGUGAUUGAAGAGUUACAGCAACAAGUCCAACCCAUUUUCUACCUCCUCGGCCAAGCUGCUCACUGGCUGUUGUCUGAGACCAUGGCUCCCGUCUCAGCGGGACUUGGCCUCGGUACAGAGGUCACGUCUCGCAUUCAUCGGUUCACACUGGGGAGGCACUCAAGCAGACCUGCAGACCCGAGUCAUGCUUCCCUGGUCGUCAGAGCCAGUAAGCGGCCUCGCGGCGCAUCAGGGUUGCGCCGAGCCCAGCCAAAGGCCGGGCGCUCUUCCGAGACUGUGUUCACACAAGCGCUACAACAUCAUCCGGGCCUGCACAAUACGGGAAACACUUGCUUUUUCAACUCGGUCUUGCAGUCACUUGCCAGCGUCGAAGGCGUGAACGAAUACCUAGAAGGCAUCAUGUCUCUGGCUGAAAAUUGGGACGUGGCCACGCCAGUGACAGACGCCCUGCACGACAUGAUCUCAGUCCUCAAUACCCCCGGAUGCAAGCCUUCAGCAGUAUACCCGAGCGAUGUGUCGCGUGCCCUCGGCCAGGUAUCGCUAAUGAAUGGCACGCGCAGCCUUGUUGGAGCGCAUCAACAGCAGGAUGCGCAUGAGCUCUUGGUGCUGCUCACCAACGCUAUCGAUGAUGAGCUGAGCACGGUAAAAGCAUAUCGAGCAGAGGUGCUGCGCCUAUCGCGCGGCGGUCUGCGCGCCGCAUUGCCACUCGCUUUUCUCGAGGAGCCUCCUAGCAGAGAGGACCCAUCGAAUUCGUUUCGCGGCUUGACGGCGCAACGAACCAGCUGCUACACGUGCGGUUAUACAGAAGCCAUCCGACAUCAUGCUUUCGAAGAGCUGAGCUUGAGUGUGCCUGCGUAUGGAUGCACACUCGAGCACUGUCUGGCAAGAUGGACAGAGGUGGAGGAGGUAGAGUGGGUGUGUCAUGCAUGCAGCAUGCGCCGGACCGCUGAGUCCUUGGCCGCCGAUUGUGCACGGCUGGAAGGCACUGCCACUGGGCCGAUCAAAGCGUUGGUGAAUCGUGCUUCUCGUGAGCAGUCGAAACCAAAAGCGAAAGGGAGCUCUCUGCCAAAAGGGGAAAGUAUAUCCGCAUCAAAGAAGAAACGAUUAAAAGAGGUACGCAAGGCAGAAGCGUGCGUAAACAUGGUGAUACAAAUGCGGAUGCAUGAAGACGAAGCGAUGAGGUCGGGUCUGCUAGAAGGCAUCAAGCUCGAUCGCACACCAUCACCUUCGUCAACCAAACAAGUGAUGAUCGCGCGCGCGUCGCACACUCUUGUCAUCCACCUCAAUCGCUCGUCUUACUAUGGCUCUUUUGGUGCGACAAAGAACAAUGCGAGCGUGCGUUUUGGCGAAUUUCUCGACCUCCGACCGUUUACUACCAACGGCCGCCUCAGCGUUGCGGCCGACGAGCCGAUCAGCCGUUGUGACGCGGUGGACAGGCCCCCGCUUGCAUCCGGUGGGCAGUGGGCUGGCGCUGUCGAGCUGUCGGUAGAGGAGCGCAUACAGCACCUCUUUCGUCUCCAGUCCGUCGUCGUGCACCUCGGCGGCCACCAUUUUGGGCACUACAUCGCCUUUCGUCGGCGGCCGGAUCUUGGCGCAUGGAGGGCGCCAUCAGACCUUGACCUGAAGGUACCAACUAUAAACGCUUCAUCAUCUUCGGACUGGCUGCAAAUAUCCGACGAGUCCGUCCGGCCUUGCUCGCUGAACGACGUACUUGCGCAACAUGCAUUUUUGCUCUUCUACGAACGCGUUGCCCCGCCCGCUUCGUCCAAGCGCCACGCCCGUUCGACAGUUGACGGCGUGGAUAUCAAACCGUCCGCCGAACAUGUACAGGCACCGAAGGGGAUGGAGAAUUUGGUACUUGAAAAGGAGCAGCGCAUGCGAAGACUGAUGCAGCCGAAAACGGUGGCUCGAUGGAGCGUCGAGCCGGGCUCCUCAACACCGGGCUCGCGGCAGGCCAGCGUCAUGCCGUCCGAUUGAGUUAUAUCAGCUCCACUUUGUACUCUGACUGGAUAGCGCAUUGCACUCCAAUGGUAU